GCCGACUCCUCCGCACGCCGCAUUGUAACCUUGCCAAAUCUCUCCGCCUCGCGCCUCUCACAAACCAACAACACUCCGAAUGGGAAGAAAAUAUGGCGUGACGGAGGCGGCGUCCGCUGACGACCACUGUUACCCGCCCGGUAGCCUGCUUCCGAGUGAAUAAGAUAGAAUAGAAGACAAAGAACAUGGAUGUAAGGACACGCCGCGGCGCGCGUGUGCAGCCGAGACGCCGGAGUACAAAGCGGAUGGGAGAGACAGCCUGAAGCCGUAGCACGCCUCAUCACAUAGCCCCUUAAAGCACGCUUUUUUCCCCCACGUCUGUGAAGCCUGAUUGACUUGUUUUAUAGUAUUUUUGCUCAUAUAAACGGCGAAAGCACUUCCAUCGGCUUCCUCGUCGUCGUCGUGUGAAGAAAAGACGGCGACAUGAGUGAGCAGAGCAUCUGCCAGGCUCGGGCCUCUGUGAUGGUCUACGACGACGCCAGUAAGAAGUGGGUGCCCAUCAAGCCGGGCCAGCAGGGCUUUAGUCGCAUCAACAUCUACCACAACACUGCCAACAACACCUUCAGGGUGGUGGGUGUCAAGCUGCAGGACCAGCAGGUGGUGAUCAACUACUCCAUCGUGAAGGGCCUGAAGUACAAUCAGGCCACGCCCACUUUCCAUCAAUGGCGCGACGCUCGCCAAGUCUACGGGCUCAACUUUGCCAGCAAGGAGGAGGCCACCACCUUCUCCAACGCCAUGCUGUUCGCCCUCAACGUGCUCAGCUCGCCUGACAGCGGAGGUCCAGUUGUCCAGCGCCAAAAUGGACCUUCUUCAGAGGAAAGCGAGGCCCAGAGGAGGAUGAUGGAGCAGCAUCAGAUGCAGGCGCACAAGGAGAGGGAGCGACGGACGUCGGGAUCAGUCGUUUCCACUCUCCAAUACAAAGUGUGCGCACCCCCAGCCCACCCCGACACUCCGCCCGAGUACAGACAUUUCAGAGCUAGCACACUGCCCCCUUCCUAUGUGCGUGUGGCCUCCUCCUCCCCUCCCUCCGCCUCCUCCUCUCCCUCCCAAGAGAAGGAGGCGGGGGUGGCCAGGGACAAGUCCCAGCUUUCCUCCCAGCUCUCCACCUCGCUGGCCUCCGCCUUCUCACCCGUCCAGGCAGGUGUGACCACGAUGGGCCGGCAGGUCCGUCAGAUCCCCCUGUCUCCACCCACCGCCGCGCGCCACGCUCACCUGCACCACCAAGACAUCACACUCCCCCCCAAACACGGCACUUGGUCGGCAUCUCAGUUGCAGCAAAUGUACGCCCAGUGCCCGCCCUCCGCCUCCCCUCCGGUCAUGAUGGCCGUGCCCGCCAGGCAGGGGUUGCCGCCACCGCAGCCCGCCCUCCCCGUGGCGCACCCCCUCCCAAAUAUGAGGAUGAAGCCCCCGCCGCUGGAGCCGAGCGCCCAGUACCUCCAGCCCCACCCUCACGCCAACGGCCAAGCGGACGACUCCUACGCUUCCCACUCCCACCAGCUGCCGCUCACCCCGCAGUACUGCGAGGCCGUGCCCCUGCCCCCCCUCAUGGGCCAGCCACCCGCAGGCCUCGCCCCCAAUCACCAGUACCCGUCCACCUUCCACCCUCAGCAGCAGGCGCACCACCAGCAGGGCCAGCCCCUCAGCAACUCGCCCACCUCUUACAAUGACGGGGGCUCGCCCAAGGAGACCCCCUCCCCCGUCCCCAUGACCAACAGCAGCGCCCCCGUUUCCGCAGGUCAUCCCGCUAUGCUGUCCGUGGCCCCGCCCUCGGCCGGGGUCCCGCCGCCCAUGGCCGGCCCGCCGGCCCCUCCGCCGCCGCCGGGUCCGCCGCCCCCGAUGGCGGUGCCCCCGCCCAUGCCCCCUCCUCUGCCCACUGGCGGAGGACCUCCCGGGGGUCCCCCUGGGAUGCAGCAGCAGCAGCCCUCGGGGCUGGCGGCCGCGCUGGCAGGGGCAAAGCUUCGUAAGGUUCAAAGGGAUGAGAGCAGUCCGCCGGGAUCGAGCGGCAGAAGUGACUCCAACCGAUCUAGCGGCGGUAGCGGAGGUGGCGGAGAGGGUCUCAUGCAGGAGAUGAAUGCCUUAUUAGCUCGCAGGCGGAAAGCUUCUGAGAAACCUGAUGAGGACGACUCUGGUAGUCGCGGGCCUGGUCAGAACUCUACAGAUGCUGUGAAGAAGCCGUGGGAGAGAUCCAAUUCCUCAGAGAAGUCCUCAUUGGUGUCAAGAGUGAGACCCGUUGGCAGCACCAGUGAAUCCGACACAGAAUUUGACAGGAUGAAACAGGAGAUUUUGGAUGAAGUUGUACGCGAAUUGCAUAAAGUAAAGGAUGAAAUAAUUCAUGCCAUCAGACAAGAAAUAGGUCGGAUCAGCACGUCUUAAUCCCAGCUGAGCGACAUUCGGAAGGGGAGCAGGAGAAGCUGGAGAAAGACGACGAGGAGGACAAGGAGGACGUCGGAUGGACACAGGUGGAGCCGCUAGGAGAACACCUAGAAUGUUCUCUCAAUGUUUCUGUGAAGUCGCGUCACAGAGACGUUGUGCCAACAUUUGAGUCUGCCGGACAGCAACGUGUACUGAAAAGAGCGAGACGCACUCGAGGAGAGGAAGAGAAGAUGAACUGUCAUGGCGACUUCGUUGUUGUGGUUGUGCGUGCGUGCGUGCGCCUCUCGACUCAGACUGCCCAGUGUUGCCAUGUUUUCUUUUGUUCCGUCUUCAAAAGAAAAUAUUUUCGGUUUUCGAAGUUUGUACUGUUGUAUUAUUUAAAAUUCUGUGCCGAUGUCGUCGACCGUGAGUAUUUCGGAAAGGACAAAUGGAAACUUGCGCACCCUACUUGUCAGCCUUUUAUACUUCUGUUCAUUUGAUUCCAGACCAUUUGUUGGAAACAAGCACAAAGUUGGCAAAAAUGUUGCUGAGCUGAUGUUUUGAUUGCCAUGUUCACACCGGGGUCAUGCGUCUGACCUUUUCUUCCUGCAGACAAGUAGCCACUGAAAUUCACCUUCUGCUACACCACCAAGGCCACACCACUGAGCGGCCAUCCGCCUGAUGAAAAGCCCUCAGGGAUGAGGAACCAUGACAUUUUAUCUGAACAAACAAGCUCAAAUUUGGUAGCAGUGGGACAGAAAAUCUUUUGGACCAAAAUGGGAGAAAUGUGUUCUUGAGUCUUUUUUUUCUCCCUGGCUUUACACAUGCCUACCAAAUUUCACAUUACUAAGAGAAAUUGGCUUCCACUGCUGUAUUAUGUACAAGUCAAUUUUUUUUGAAUGGUCCCAGGUUCCCCAUCCCUGGUAAGCGGUUUAAAAAAAAAAAAAAAGGAAAUGGCCGAACAACGUGGUAGUUUUCCUCCCUAUGUUUGUGGCCCUCCCAGUUAUGCAUGAACCCUUAAUCUCUAUCAAUUUCUUUAUUUGGUUAAACAGGAAAUAAAAAUGGUGGUGCAUUUAUAACAGUGGUUUGUUUCCAUAAUGAAUCCCAGUCGCAAAGUGAGGGAGGGGUGCAUAAUUUAAACAUUGAAGGUUGUUUCUAUGAAAAUAUGCAAAGUUAGCUCAGAAGAAUGUGCACAAUGGAAUGGUCAGUCAAUGUUACGGUAGCUCAAAGUGUCUUUGCGGGAGUUUGAAUUGUUGCACUCGCAUUGUCAGCGAUGUUCUCAUUAAAUAAAUAAAAAGCUGGAUGUAAAAAUUCA